UACCAGCAGAGACUGAGCUACGUUUUGUUCUUCUUGAAUGCUACUCGUUUUGGAAAGGUGUCGCCAUGUCAAAGCAGCCGUUGGGGAAGACCUUGUUGAGGAAUGUAAUCCGCCACACAGAUGCCCACAACAAGAUCCAGGAGGAGAUGGAGAUGUGGAAAAUGCGAGGCUGGGAGAUCCAAACGUCCCACGACAAACAUUUAUCAGAUACAGAGUGUGCGAGGGGGCGUAUGCACUGUGAUCGAGUGCCAGAUGAAGCUAGAGACCUAAGUCAAGGCAGAGAGCGAGUCUCUGAACACGACAACCGAAAGGCUCGAUACUGGUCUCGCAAACUGUAUGAAUUUGAGGCCAAAGAUCCUGACAGGUGGGGACAUAGUGGUUUUAAGGAGCUGUAUCCUGAGGAGUUUGAAAGUGAUAGUGAAAAAAAUAGAGCUACCAAGAAGCUUUGGCGCCAUAAAAUGAAAAGGUCAAAGUCGGAUACAGAAGCAAGCUUGUCAAAACACUCAAAAAAAUCCUCUCGAAAGAAGAAAAAGAAAAAGAAGAAGAAAGACGGGGAAGUAAAGCGAAAAAAAGCUAAGUGUUCAAGCAGUGACGAUAGUAGUGACGACAGCAGCGUUACCAAAGACAAACAGAGGAGAAAAAGGACUAAAAGUCGACGUAAGGACAAGAAAAGUGCAAAAGCCAGAAGGAGAGAUGAUGACAGCAGCUCAGGGGACAGUGAUGACGGAGGAAGGGAAAGACAGACUCACAGUCGCAAAAAGCGUAAACAGGACUCCCACAAAGACUCAGACUCGGGGCCAAACUCAGAAAAGAAGAGGAGGAAAAAUUGGAAAGCAGCUGGUGAGGAGAGCUCAGAUGAUAGUUCUGCUGACUGAGAUGCACGGACAUGGACAGAUGCACAACUCAGGUAACGAACAGGAAAACUACUGCAGAUCCCUUUGUUCCCCUUAACUGAACAGAGGGCUUUUCACUGUAGGGCCGUUCUGUAUUGUACUUUGUUAGACAUCAACAAGCCUGUGCUGUCGGCCCUCACUGUGGGCGUUUUGUGUAGCAAUAUCUCAUCACCUCUGCAGUGGCUUGAAGUACUUUGUACAGCAGUGCAGGCAGCAGGCAGCGUGAGGAGUAGGUGGUGGGGUACCCUCAUGAAGAAUUCUCUCGACUGCAGGCUCAUUGAUUGAUCACUGACUCUCGCCUGAGACUGUCAGCCUAACGUGGAGACCAUCUGUCCUGAAAUGACCGCUUUUUUAAUUUUAUUUAAGAAAGAAAAACAGUAAAAUUAUGCAACUUUCCUCACUGGUUACGAUAGAAUGUCCAUGUGGUUUUAAUCAUGUUUUUUAGUUUUGUAAAUUUUAAUAUUUGU